GGAAUAGCUGAGGAGGUCAGGUUCAAUUGACAAACAUGGAAAAUACAUUAUAAUAACUGCGGCGCCUCAUAUGUCUUGAGCGCCGAAUCUAAGUUUCGGGUGUUCAAGGACUGCGUGCUUGACUGUCUGGUUUGUUAAUGAGUGUUAGUGAUUCUAGGCAUUAUAUAAAGUAUUUCACCAUGAGGAAGAUUUUGCAGCUUCUCCCCUUUCAGCGAAAUCGAUUUGUUAAUAAGGUUGCAAACUAUUCAGUACGUGGACAAGAUUCAGAUUUUAUUCGGCUUCAUGGUAUCGAUGUGGUCCGGGAUCCGAGAACAAAUCGAGGAACUGCAUUCACCCUUAAUGAGCGACAAUUACUCGGUAUACAUGGGCUACUUCCACCUUCUGUAUUAACUCUGGAUCAACAGGUCUCAAAAAUGAUGGCCAAUCUAAAGAAUAUGAACGAUAAUUUGCAGCGCUACGUUUAUCUUACUUCAUUACAAGACCGGAACGAGGCUUUGUUUUAUAAGCUUGUUAUUGAGCAUGUGGAAUAUUGUAUGCCGUUGAUAUAUACACCAACUGUUGGUUUGGCUUGUCAACGCUACGGCGUAGUAUUUCGACGACCUCGAGGUCUAUAUAUAACAGUACACGAUCGACAUCAUAUAUCCGAGAUUCUAAAUAACUGGCCUGAACCGAUCGUAAAGGCUAUCGUAUUUACUGAUGGUGAACGUAUUCUUGGUUUGGGUGAUUUGGGUGCAUAUGGUAUGGGAAUACCCAUUGGAAAACUGUCGUUAUAUACAGCACUGGCUGGUGUUCAUCCGAAGCACUGUUUACCAAUCCUUUUAGAUGUUGGGACAGAUAAUCAAGAACUAUUGAAUGAUCCUGUAUAUACGGGUAUCAGACAUAAGCGUAUACGCGAUGAACGCUAUGAUGAGUUAAUCGAGAAUUUCAUGCAAGCUGUUGCAGAACGCUACGGGAACCAUUGUUUAGUUCAAUUUGAAGAUUUUGGAAAUCAUAAUGCAUUUCGUUUACUUGAACGAUAUCAAGAUUCGUACUGCACUUUUAAUGAUGAUAUACAAGGUACGGCAGCCGUAACGGUAGCUGGCUUACUGGCUGCUGGUCGUAUUACAAAGCGUAAGCUUACAGAUAAUAUAUAUCUUUUCGUCGGUGCUGGUGAAGCAGCAACCGGUAUUGCUCAAUUACUAGCAACAUCAUUACAACUAAAUGGAUUGGAUGAGAAAGAGGCCUUGAGUAAAAUCUAUAUGUUCGAUAAAGACGGACUAUUAACACAUUCGCGUCAAGAAGGUUCACUGACAGAUCAUAAUAAAGUGUUUGCUCGUGACGACAUAGAAAAUAUACGUAAACUGGAAGAUGCAGUGGAAAAACUAAAGCCAACAGUUGUUAUUGGUGCAUCCGGGCAAGGUGGGAUUUUUACAGAUGCUAUCCUUCAACAAAUGGUUAAAAAUUCUGAACGACCAAUUAUAUUUUCAUUGAGCAAUCCAACUUCGAAAUCUGAAUGCACCGCUGAAAGAGCAUAUAGAAUUACAGAGGGUCGAUGCGUAUUCGCUGGCGGUUCACCCUUCAACGAUGUUCUGCUUAAAGUUUCUGGAAAAGAAGUGCAUUUCCAACCCGGUCAAUGUAAUAAUUCUUACAUCUUCCCCGGUGUGGGACUUGCCAUUACACUGUGUCAAAUUCGUCCAGUUUUACAAGAACUUUUCGUAAUCGCUGCUGAAUGUUUAGCAGGUCAAGUCGACGAAAAAGAUUUGGAUGUUGGUCGUGUAUUCCCACCAUUAAGAGAUAUACGCAAUGUUUCGUUGGCUAUAGCAGUACGUGUUGCAGAAUAUGCUUACUCAAAAGGUAUUUGCCAUUAUGAACCACAACCUAAGGAUAUUGAAUUAUAUUUGUCUCAAAAGAUGUAUGAUCCAAAUUAUAUACCAGUUAUGCCUGAAGUGUACGAUUGGCCACUUGGUGUCACUGAUGCAGUCUCAUAAAGAUUGGAAUUUUCAAAAACGAAAUAACUUCAUUUCAGUGCAGAGUAUUAGGGUUUCAAACACUACAUUUCUCACCUUUCUAUUACCACUAAAUAUUCUCUAAUUUUUUUGAUUAUAGAGUUCGUUCACUGUUUAUCAUUUUCUUUUCAAUAGUAGCAUGGCUUUAUUCUAGGGUAACGUACUAUCCAUUAAUUCGAUUUUAUUUUGUGAUGUUUUUCUUUCCUUUUAUCAAAGCAGUUUAUGAUUUUACUCCUGUAAGAUUACUGAGGAUACUACUGCAAUAUUACCUUUAACAUUUCGGUUAUAGUGUUUUAAUUGUGCUUUUUUGUCUACUGUUUCCAGUUUAUCUUGUCCAAGAUUUUGUCUUCUUUUUAUGAUGUCAAAUUCACUUUUGUUGAAAAACAAAUUGUUGUUGUCUCUAAUAAUUAAGAUUAGCCAGCAGUCGAUAGAAGCUUAAUGUUGGUCUUGAUCCCUG